CCGAUCCGGCGUUUGCGUCGGCACGCUUGGCGGUGGCGCGCAAAAGCAGUGCGGUUGGGCCACGCCACGCUCACUGGCAGGGGCGAGGGGACACGUACCGUACCGUACGUACUGCUGGAUCGGGAGGAAGCGCUAUGGCCGCCGGGAGGGAGAGGGACCGGGAGCUGCUCCUCCCGGUGGUGGGCGGGGAGCAUGUCGCCGGCAACGAGGACGACUCGGAUCCGACCACCCCUGUCAUCGCCGGGCCGCCGCCGCCAACGACGUCCGCGCGCGUGCUCCACCUCCACCACCAUCCCACGGGCAUCGAGGCAUUUUCACGAGUGAUACGGAGCUGGGCGUGGAAGAAGUUCAUGUCUGGAUGCGUCAUCCUGCUCCCGAUCGCCAUCACCUUCUACACGACAUGGUGGUUCAUCCGCUUCGUCGACGGCUUCUUCUCGCCCAUCUACGUCCAUCUCGGGAUACACCUCUUCGGCCUCGGGUUUGUCACCUCCAUCACCUUCAUCUUCCUCGUCGGCGUGUUCAUGUCGUCGUGGCUGGGCGCCUCGCUCCUCGGCCUCGGCGAGUUCUUCAUCAAGAGGAUGCCGCUCGUGCGCCACAUCUACUCGGCUUCCAAGCAGAUCAGCGCCGCGAUAUCGCCAGACCAGAGCUCAAGAGCCUUCAAGGAGGUGGUGAUCAUCCGGCACCCCAGGAUCGGCGAGUACGCGCUGGGCUUCAUCACGUCGACGGUGGCGCUGCGAGGCGCCGGCGUCCGCGGCGACCAGGACCUCGCCUGCGUCUACGUGCCCACCAACAACCUCUACCUCGGCGACAUCUUCCUCAUGAGCCGCGCCGACGUCAUCGUCCCGGACCUCUCCGUCCGGGAGGCCAUCGAAAUCAUCCUCUCGGGCGGCAUGUCGGUGCCAAAGAUCAUAUCGGCGGUGGAGGGGGCUGUCGGCCUCGGCGACUAUGACCGGGCAGUGAAGGACUCCUAGCUCACGCUUCUUUCUUCUCUUUAUCACAAUCUUAGGUUGCUCUUCGAGGUUCUGCAUGUUCUAGAUUGCAGGUUUUAGGCAACGUUCUCCACUUUUCAUCAGUUAUAGGAAAAUAUAUUUUGGUAUCUAGCAAACUUGUGCUAAGUUUGCUAUAUAAAUUCUUUCAUGCGAGUUCUGGUAUGAACUGACAAAGCAUUGUUUCGAUA